AUGGUUUCCAUGGCUAUGAUUAUAGAAUUGCUAGUUUUGUUAACGUACCUCUCGAAUACUGAUGCAUCGAACAUUUCAACUGAUGAGGCUGCUCUUUUAGCUUUCAAAGCUCAUAUAACUUCAGAUCCAAAUGGAAUGUUGUCGAAAAACUGGACAAAGGGGACUCACGUUUGCAAUUGGAUGGGCAUAUCUUGCAGUAAAAGGCAUCAAAGAGUGACAUCACUAGACCUCAAUGGUCUCAGACUAAGAGGUUCAAUCGCGAUAGAUAUUGGGAACCUCUCCUUUCUUAGUUUCUUGGACAUUAGCAACAACAGUAUCAACGGUGAAAUCCCUGAUGAACUCGGCUACUUGAGGAGGCUGAAGCACUUGUCCUUGUCAAUGAAUAAUCUCACAGGUCAAAUUCCAGAAAGUCUUGGAUUACUGAGAAGGCUCGAGUUGUUGGAUCUUUCUGAAAAUGAUCUCUUUGGAUCUGUUCCUUCGUCUAUCUUCAAUGUCUCUUCUUUGAAGGUCAUCAAUUUGAUUUAUAAUGCACUAUCUGGGACUUUGCCGAAUGACAUUUGCCAUAAUCUUCCGCGGCUGGAGGGAUUACAAAUAGCAAGAAAUCAACUCUCUGGCCAACUACCAAGCAAUUUAGACAAAUGCAAAGAGCUAAUAUAUUUGUCCUUGUCAUAUAACCACUUCACAGGAAACUUGCCUAGAGACAUGUGGAACUUGACAAAACUUCAACAUCUAUUUCUUGGAUGGAAUAACAUAACAGGACAUAUACCAAGUGAAAUUGAUAACCUAUCAGCAAUUCGAAGAUUAAGUCUACGACGGAACAAUUUGGUGGGAAGUCUUCCACCAUCAAUUGGAAAUUUGUCAAAUCUAGAGAUGAUAGACCUAGGUGACAACAGUUUAUAUGGUGGCAUUCCUCAGGAGUUUGAACAUCUUGUAAAUUUGAAAGAAGUGUAUCUUGGUCCAAACAGAUUAUCGGGUGAAGUUCCAAGGCGUUUGUACAACAUUUCUGGACUAAAAAAGAUUUCAUUUGUAGCAAAUGAGCUUUCAGGAACACUUCCCUCAAACAUAGGCCAUACUCUUCCAAAUCUUGAAGGCCUUUACCUUGGGGAUAACCAGUUCACCGGGCUGAUUCCUACCUCCAUUGUGAAUUCCACCAUGCUUAUCCAGCUUGAUUUUGGCCGCAAUCUGUUUAGUGGACCUGUACCUAUGAAUCUUGGAAAGCUACAACAGCUACAAUUCAUCAACUUGCAAAUAAACCAAUUGACGAAUGAUCAAUCUACAGGCGAGUUAAGUUUCCUGACUUCAUUAUCUAAUUGCAAGUAUAUGAAAACCGUUCAAAUAGGAGGAAAAAUACCACCUAACAUCAGUAACUUUAGGAACCUGGAGUGGUUAAGCUUGGGAGAAAAUAAGCUUAUAGGAUCUAUUCCUCCAGAUUUGGGGAACUUGAGGAAAUUGAAAAGAUUUAGCCUAGAGAAAAACAAUUUAGAUGGAAUUAUACCAACUAGCUUGUGUAACAUGGAAAACUUGUACCAAAUUAUCUUGGGGAAAAAUCAACUUACUGGUGAAUUACCAAAUUGUUUUGGAAAUCUUUCAUCUUUAAGAGAACUCUACUUAGAUUCCAAUGCACUAAUUUCCCAUAUUCCAUCAACUUUUUGGAGGAACAAAGAUAUUUCAAUUCUCACUUUGGCCUCCAAUUUGCUGAAUGGGUCUCUUGCAGUAGAAAUGGGGAAUUCAAGGAGUCUGCGGAUAUUACAUUUACAUGGUAAUCAGUUCUCUGGUCAGAUUCCUAGCACGAUUGGCCAACUACAAAGCUUGGUUAGCCUUUCAUUGUCAAAGAAUAUGUUAGAUGGUUCCAUACCUGAACUAUUUGAAGAUUUGGUUUCGUUGGAAUAUUUGGAUCUAUCUAGCAACAAUCUAUCAGGCAUGAUCCCCAAGUCCUUGAGGAAUCUUGAACAUCUCAUGUAUUUCAAUGUCUCGUUCAAUGGGAUCAUGGGUGAAAUUCCAGAUGGAGGGCCAUUCGUAAAUUUUACAGCUGAAUCAUUCAUGGGUAACCCUGCAUUAUGUGGAUCAUCACGCUUCCAUGUGAUGCAAUGCAGAGUGACAAGUCUUGAAAGAAAAAGAAAGAACAGAGUCCUAACUUCUGUUCUUGCAUCAGUUUCCUCAGGAGUUGUAGUCACAACUAUUUUCAUCAUUUGGUUUCUGAAAUGCCGAAAAAGGAGUACAGAACUUCCUCUAGUUGAUACAUUUGGUCAGGUACAUAAGAGGAUUUCGUACUAUGAUAUUUCUCAAGGGACAAACAACUUUGAUGAAGCAAACUUGAUUGGAAGGGGGAGCCUUGGUUUGGUGUAUAAAGGGACACUAGCAGAUGGAAUGGUUGUGGCGAUAAAGGUAUUCAAUACAGAACUGCAACUUGCAUUUAGAAGUUUCGAGGUGGAAUGUCAAGUUUUACGUAGCAUUCGACACAGAAACCUUGUUAAGGUGAUAAGUAGUUGUGCCAAUUUCGAUUAUAAAGUGUUGGUGCUAGAGUACAUGCCUAAUAAAAACCUCAAAUGUUGGCUUCACUCUACUGACAAAUUUUUGGAUAUUACUCAAAGACUAAAGGUGAUGAUUGAUGUGGCUUCUGCUGUGGAGUAUUUGCAUGGAGGUCAUUUGUUUGUAGUCGUCCAUUGUGAUUUGAAACCAAGUAACAUACUUUUGGAUGAAGAUAUGGUGGCAAAAGUGAGUGAUUUUGGGAUAUCCAAACUUCUUACAUCUGAGACGCUAAUAGCACAUACCAAGACUUUGGGUACUAUCGGCUACAUGGCACCAGAGUAUGGGUCUGAAGGCAAAGUAUCAACUUCGGGAGAUGUUUAUAGCUUUGGUAUAUUGUUAAUGGAGACUUUUACAAGAAAGAGCCCUGUGGAUGAUCUAUUCGUUGGAGACUUCACCUUGAAAAGAUGGAUAUGCCAAUCAUUACCAGACCGAUUGGUGGAUGUAGUGGAGAUUAAUCUAUUUUCACUGAACGAAGAAAAUUUUACUUCUAAAGAGAGAUGCUUCAAAUCAAUCAUGGAAUUAGCUCUUGAAUGUACAAAUGAUUUGCCUGAAGAGAGAAUUCGCAUGGAAGAUAUUACUCUGCGACUCAAGAAGAUCCUAACUCAAUUUCAGCAAAAUGUUGUAACAAACUAAAUGGUAGUGCUGAAAUCUAUAGUGGAGCUGUCACAUCUUUUCUUCACGCGCACAAAUAGUUGGGCUAGUACGUAAAACUUUAACAGAUUUAAGGAUAGGCCCCUCCCCUCUAUCCUUCUUAAUUUAAAUACUAGAACUUUUCUUAUGUAGUACGG